AUGACCAACAUGCCCUCCCCCUCCCCCUGAGCUAUAUGGACAGGACUAAUGACCAACAUGCCCUCCUCCCUCCUGAGCUAUAUGGACUGGACUAAUGACCAACAUGCCCUCCUCACUCCCCCCUGAGCUAUAUGGACAGGACUAAUGACCAACAUGCCCUCCUCACUCUCCUGCCCUAUCUGAACAGAGCUGGACAUUAUUAACUUUUUUUUAGAUUUCAUAUUUUUCUUUUGAUUUUCUUUUUCCUGCAUAUCCUUUUUUAAAAUUGUUUUCUUAUUGUUAUGUUGACUGACGCAUAAUUUGUAAUAAAAUGCGAAGCCAAAAUAAACAAAUUCCCAAACCUUGAGCCUUUUUUGUUCUUAAAAGUAGCACACACUCACGGACGUAUAUAUUUUAUAAUAUGAUGUUACCUAAGCAAAAUCAACCAAUAAAGGAGUGGCCUCAUCUUCCCUCCCCCAACCCAUCCUCCCCUAGAGAGAGAAACAUUAAAGCACUGUGCAAGCUCUGCUUACACCCAAUUUCCUUCCAUCCAAUCAGGCGUUCCCUGAGUGCUGACGGACAGGCCGGGCUGCCUAUGUGGAGCCUGCAGGAUGGGAGGAGGGAGAAUUUCAGCCACUCUGUCCCUUUAAAGCCCCCCUCGCCUCUCUGUCACGCCCUGCACAUCAAACAGGAAGUGAACCUAUUUUCCAGCCCAGAGUUGUCUCCCAACCAGAACCAGAUGUCCAGACCCUUCGACCACCUCUCUCUCCUUUCCAGGUACGGCUCUCCGUCCUGGGCCUCCAAGACCCACUUCGGAGCCCUCCUGAAGCUCCGGGCCAACAGCAGAGCUGGAGACCACCUCAAAGACCUACCCAGCUUGCUGGAGGCUGCAGGGCUCUUCACCAAGUCACCCUCCUGUGGGAAGGCAAUCAUCCAGGAGGCCCCCAGAGACCCGGGCCUCUCUCUUUCCCAUUCCCCGACCGUUGACCUCAAAAUCCCGCAGGUGAGAGGCCUUGGAGGCCUGGGGAUGGACUUCUGCUUGGGCUCCCAGAGCUCUGAUCCCUACAGACUCCCCAGCCACCACAGUGAGAACAGCCUGGGGAAGAGGCAGAGGUCCAUCCUGCCCAAACACAGCCGCCUGGGAAGCAGUGGAGGAGAGAGGGAGUACUGGGCUUCAUCCGAUGCAGACCGCCCUGCCUCUGGGGGGAGGUAUCCUACCUCUGACCCCGAGGCAGACCUCAGCAACAUGCAUCUGAGGAAAAAGAGGGGACGAUACCGUCAGUACAACGCAGAGCUGCUAGAGGAAGCUAUCGGAGUGGUGAUGGAGGGGAAGAUGAGCGUGUCCAAGGCUCAGACCGUCUACGGGAUCCCUCACAGCACGCUGGAGUAUAAAGUCAAGGAGCGCCUUGGCACCCUGAAACACCCGCCCAAGAAGAAGCUGAAGCUGAUGAGCCACAUGGAGGAACCGGAGGAUACGGAGGCCCCAGAGAGCCAAGAAGCUCUGUAUGCGACCAUGGACCUUCAGUCUGUGUCAGCAUCUGGAGAGAACGGCAGGCAGCUGCUCAGUACACGCCUCUCCCCAGACGAAUAAAGUCACGAUUGAAAGAGAUUCAGUACUUGAUGAUAUGUGAUGGUUUUUCCCAGACCAGGUAAUCGUUUGCAUUUGCCAGGCAGUGGCAAUGACAGAGGAGUCUAUCAGGGGCGGCUGCUGAGGGGAGGAUGGCUCAUAAUAAUGUUUGGAACAGAGCAAAUGAAAUGGCAUCAAACCAUGUGUUUGAUUCCGUUCCAGCCAUUACCACAAGUCUGUCCUCCUCAAUUAGGGUGCCACCAACCUCCUGUGGACUCUAUAUAGCUAGUACACAAUUGAUCAGUUAGGUAUGUUGAUUUAUUCCAAAUGCACUUCUACUUACUGUGAUCAACCACGUGAAUCAAUCUGACCUAUUCAUCUUAGCUCUUGAAUUGUUUCUACAUGUUUGGUAAGCCUAUAAGUAGCUGUUGUCUAAAUCAAUCAAAAACUAAAUCGUCUCUGCCCCUCGACGUUGUCCUAGACAUUGUUGAAACACUCCAUGUUUUGGCAGUGUUUUUAUGAAGCUUGUUUGUGCUGUAUAAGGAUAUCAAACAAUAUUUUAACGGUUCAUCCUGAAACUGCUUUAGAUACGGUGCUAACAUAAUCUAAUAUUUUUACUAUUUGACUAAUAUAAUGUGUGAUGUGUUGGCAAAAUUGCAAUUGGACCAAUCCCAAUUGUCUUGAGAGUUCUAUAUUGAUCAGUGGCGCCCCUUACUGUCUUCUAGGAGUACUCUAGUUAUUACAGCACUUCGGGUUGAGCCAACGGCCUGCAACCCAGCUCCUGUAGAACUACAGGAAAUGUAUGGUCUUAUUGGAGGCCAGCUGAAUCAAAAGCCUACAGACCUUGUAGCACCAAGGUUGGAGACAUUUGGGUUGGAUUCACCAACCUCAUUUCUUUGUUUGGGUCAUAAUGAUGACGCAUGUUCAGCCCUCAACAUGUAGAAUCAAGGCUUCUAUUUGAAACUCUAUUCAUAUUUGACCACCUAAAUGGGGGUUUAUAAUGUUUAUUUUACUUUGUCAACCAGUGUUUGACUUUAAGCUCACAAUCUCUUUCCCUGUCACUGUUCAGCAAAUGCACACCUGAGAUUGAAUAGACCAAACUACAGCAGAAAGAAUAUGUGGUUGCAAGGAUGCCUGUAACUACUGAAAAUCUUAAUGUGAGGUUGUAUGUUUUUGUUUGUUGGGAGAACAGAUUCCUCUGUCUGCAAUUUCACCUCCUUUAGUUACCAACCAAACCUCAGCUAUAGACGUGUUGGCUGUUUAGCUGCAAAAUCACUAUAGAGAAACUGGUUUGGCCUAGAUUGUUGACCCGUAAACUAUAUUUUGUCUCAAAUGUGUAUUGAAACGUACAUUUGCACAAUGAGCACUUUUCUCUGAAAUACAUGUCAGUUGUUGGUGAGCUAGCUAGUGAAUUUUGGCUAUAUUACCAUAGAUGUGACAUCAGUCAAAACACCUCAAAACAAGACAUUGUAUCAAAGAGAUCAAACUAGCUAAAACACGCCACCCACAAUUCCCCAGGUGGCAGUUUCUUGUCAUUGUUGCUAGCAGUCUGUCCAUCCAGAAUCACAACGCACAGACUUCUGCCUCAUUGAAGCCUGCACAUUGUUUUUGUGACGCAAGCUAAACGUUUAUACUCUCCAAAAGCACGGCAGAGUUACAACCACUCAGAUGUCUCUCCGCUGUGUGACUGGGACAUUUUCUUUACCUGUGUUUACCUGUAGCCUUCACCACAACUCAGGGUAAUGUUUGUGUGUGGCUGCAGUACUUGUGUGAAUGUGUAUAUUUCUAUGUUAGAUAUCUAUACACAAACAUACCUCACUCAGAUACUUAUUUCCAUGCCUCUUGUAUCUUACUCAGAAUCAUCUGAAAAGGGGUACAUUUUUUGUUGUCUGCGAACAGACACUUUUGGGAUGUCUUACCAUUGACGGAUAAAUAUAUGCACCCGACUCUUAUCAGAUGUUCUCACAACUUACCUUAACCGAGCAUUUGUUUACCAGUUUGAGCCUCCUGGACAGUUUAAAUCUGUGCGGCGCUGCAGUUAGCACAACAAACUUCAGGUGUGAAGUCUGGUAGUUUCGUUACCUCUAGUGAUGACUGUCCCUGCUUAACAGAAGAAGACCAGGACAAGGGACAGGUGGAAAUGUUUGUUCUUAAAACAUAAAAAAAAAAUCUUAACUAUGUAUUUAAAGAUUGGUUUUAUUCACGUGUUAGAUUGCAGCUUUAAGGUGCAGUAAAUUGAUGAGUCUCAACGGUUUCAAAGGUUUUGCCAUGUGGCGCAUAGCACUAAGGAAAUUCUUUGGAGAAGUGUAGAAUAUGCUGAAGCCCAUUGCAGUUUAAACAUCGUGAUGUUUUUAGAAAACAUCACAUUCAAUGGAUGCCGUAUUUGCUCCUCCUUGGUAAUACUGACCCAAUAUCAAUUUCUGGAAAUCUCAGAAUUGUACACAAUGUUUACUUAUCUAAUUCUACAAUCAGAACUAGAAUCCAAAUACUCAUCGUGACUAGAACGCUCGGACGCAGCAACAUGGCGUCCCGCUGUGGAUUUGGCAAAACUGCUGUGAGUACUACUUACCCUAUCGACAGUUAUACCUCAGGACAUUUCAGAAUAUUACACCAAGGAUUUGAUUUUGGCCCACCGUGAACACACAGCUACAAACUUUUAGAUACUUGGUCAAACUUAACUGAUAUCACAUGAAAUGCAAUGCAAAAAACAAGAACUUUCCUUAAGCAAGGCUGCUCCUUUUCAGUUCUUAUUUUUUUUGGACAACAUUACAUUUCAGAAUCUCUGACAUUUCCUUUAGUCUUUCAGGUGUAUAUAAGUAUAGUGAAAAUAAAUAUAGUUGACUACUAGGUUAACUAAUUAGUAUGAAUCUACUGUAAAUGUUACUUUUUAAAUGUGCAAUGUAUGUCAGUCAAAAGCUUGUACACACCUACUCAUUCAAGGGGGUUUUCUUUAUUUUUUACUAUUUUCUACAUU